AAGUUAUAACUUGUAUACCUGUCCUAUUCUGCAAGCAGUACUGCAGUAGGUUAGAGUAAAAGAAAUUCUAUUAAAAUUUAUUAAAUUUAUUUCAAUUAUUCUUUAUUUUUUUACAUUAAUUUCAUAAUUUUGUUUGUUUUAAAAUUACUCAUUUCCUAUAAUCAUUAAUCAUAAGUUACCAGUCAAUAUGAAAAGAACUCAUAGUGAAGUUCAGAAGACCCAGCCAGGUAGUUCCAAGCAAAUGAAAAUUACCUCUUUAUUUUCACGCAUUCCUCCAGAGUCAUCCAAAACUAUCACAAAAUAUAAUGAAACUGUGCCUUGUACUACUACUAAUUCCAAAUCUUUUUCAAGUCCGCUAUCCAGUCCAGAUGUUAUACCAUCAUCCCCGGUAUUGAGGAAUAACAAACCUUCUAAAUCUAAAAAAUGUAUAAAUCGUGCAUUAAUUUACGACAUUAAACACAAAGACAAAUGGACCAUUUCAAACACAGAUACUGUUUUAAAUUUUCCUAAAGAAAAUCUAGGUUCAACUACAAAAAACACAGAAAAACCUGACUAUGAUAAUAAUGAUGUGGAUAGUCAGUCAUAUUCAUUUGAUUCAGUAUCAAUAGAAAGCUCAAAUACUGAAUUUAGUACAGACUUUUUCUUGGACUGUGAUAUAAAUUUAAUUGAACCCCAUCGAUGCAUUGUAAAAAAAUUUGAAAAAGAUUUUGGAAAAAUUAGCUUGACUUUGACUUCCUGUAAAAGUUAUGAAGAAGAUGUAUGUUAUCUCAGCGGUACUUGGCUUCAUAGUUUAUUUGAAGUAGGCGAUAUAGUAACUGUAAUGGCGAAAAAAGUCAACGGUCAGUGGUCAGUAAAUAAUGAUCAUGGUUUUGUUACCAGACACUCAGACUUUUUGGUGUCUGGGACAACAAUUAUUGGAUCAUUAUUUUGUUCACGGCGUUCAAUUCUUGCGGAUAUAUAUAAAGGACUCGACUGUUCCUCUGCUGUUAUGGUUAUUGGAACACUUGUCCACCAAUUACUUCAAAUGGUUUUAAAAAGAAAGCAGUUUAAUCAAAAAGACAUCAAAACUAUAAUAGAUGAAAUGAUUAAUAGUCCAGGUUUCGUGCAUACCCUUUAUGAAUCUGAUAUGAGUUUUGAAACUACUAAAAAAGAGCUUAUGGAUUUUAUACCAAAAAUUCAAACCUUUGUUAAAACUUAUUUGGUUGGUAAUCAAAUAAGAAAAGAAAAAAAUACUUGGCAAGGCGAAAUAGUAUCGAUUGAAGAUAUAGAAGAUAACUUAUGGGUACCAGCAUUUGGUAUUAAAGGUAAAGUUGAUAUUACUGUACAAGCUAAUUAUGAUGGUACAACCAAAAUAAUGCCUAUUGAGUUGAAAACUGGCCGAGCUUCUGGAAGUGAGGAGCAUCGUGGUCAAGUGUUAUUGUAUAUAAUAAUGAUGAAGGAAUUGGGUAUGGAUGUAGAUUCAGGCUUAUUAUUAUAUCUCAGAGAAAAUGUAUUGACUCAAGUCAAUGUUAGUCAUAGAGAAAAACGAGAUUUGAUAAUGUUAAGGAAUCGACUUGUUCACUACUUGAACACAAAUAAAAUGAUUUCAGAUCCUAUUGAUGACUAUAUUCCAACACUGCCUGAACCCAUAAACCAUCACAGUGCAUGCUCAAAAUGUCCUUAUUUAACAGCAUGUAGUGCUGUUUUGAGCAAAGAAGGUUUUGAAAAACUAGAUCUUCAUAACCCAUUAAAAAGAUUAGGGCCUCAAGCUAUUAGUCAUUUAAAAUCUGAACAUAUUAAUUAUAUAAUGCAGUGGACUGCUUUUUUACUGUUGGAGAAUUCAAUUGAAAACACUGGAGAUAAUUUAUGUGCUAAAUCUAGUGAUUUAUGGACUUUGUCAUUUCUUGAGCGUGAGAAACGUGGAAACUGUAUUAGUUUAUUAAAAAUUAAAAAUGUGGUAAAAGAACAGAGAAACCGAUAUUAUUUAAAUACCAUGGAAAAAUCAGACAAGUCUGAUAAAAUCAAAUUUACUAAUUUCUCUGUUAAUAAUUAUAUAGUUGUCAGUACUAGACGGCGAAAUGCAGUUGCUACUGGUUUUAUUUCAGCCAUAACUGAAACAUCAAUCGAUGUUUUAUUAGAUAGAGAUUUAUCCAAACUAGGAUCUAAUGAAUUCCAUAUAGAUAAAUAUGAGUCACAAUCAAUCAUACCUUUUAAUUUUUCUAGUUUAGCACUUUUAUUGGAACCUAGUGAAAAUUCAGCUCAAUUGAGAAAAUUUAUUAUUGAUAAAGAAAUACCUUCGUUCUUAUCAUCAAAUAAUCACUUAAAUUCAUUCAUUAAAAGCUCAGGAUUGACUUUAAAUUUAAAUUCAUCACAAAAGUCUGCUAUUAUUAAAACAUUGACUGCAGAUAACUAUGCACUCAUAAAAGGUAUGCCUGGAACUGGUAAAACAUCAACUGUGGUUGCUCUUAUUCAGCUACUUGUACUGAUGGGUCGGUCAGUGUUGAUUACUUCUCACACUCAUUCAGCUGUUGAUAACUUAUUGUUGUUAUUACAUAAAAAUAAAAUUGAUUUUUUGAGAUUGGGUUCAAAGACACGUAUUCAUCCAGACUUGUGGGGAAAAUGUGAUGAAGUGGUCUCUCAACGUUGUGACACCCCUGAAAAAUUAUCAAAGCUAUACAAUCAAGUGAAUAUUGUUGGUGUGACAUGCCUUGGAUGUGGACACGCAUUACUUAAAAAACGUAAAUUUGACGUAUGCAUUGUAGAUGAAGCUACCCAAGUGGUACAGUCAUCAAUUAUUGCAGCUCUUCAUUCGUCCAAGAUGUUUGUAUUAGUUGGUGAUCCACAACAACUACCACCUUUAAUAAAAAAUAAAAAAGCAAAAGAAUUGGGUAUGGAUGUUAGUAUGUUUGAAAGAUUAGAUAGGCCAUCUGUUACUUCUAUACUUCAUGUACAGUAUCGAAUGAAUGGUCCUAUAGCAGAACUUGCCAACAAAUAUACUUAUAAUGGAAGUUUACAGUGUGCCAAUGAUAUUGUAAAAUAUGCAACCCUAACACUUAAUAAAAUAAAAGUUGAUAAUGAAUGGUGUAAAGAUAUUGUAUCAUCAGAUUUAAAUAAGUCUGUUUUACUCUUAGAUACAGGAACUGUCAAUAGUAGUUCAUCAGACACAAAUUUAAUAGAAAUUAAUGUUAUCAGAAAAAUUGUUUUGAUUUUAAUUCAAGGUGGACUUUUAGCUAAAUCAAUUGGUGUCAUUGCCCCUUAUAGAGCCCAAGUAGCACUCUUAAAAAAUGAGAUGGGUUCUAUGCAUUCAGAAAUUGAAGUCAAUACAGUAGAUCAAUAUCAAGGACGUGAUAAAGAAGUUAUAAUAUAUUCAUGUACAAAAAAUACUAUUGCUAAAGAUGUAGGUAUAUUGAAUGAUAAAAGAAGAAUAACUGUUGCUAUAACAAGAGCAAAGCAUAAGCUAAUAAUGAUUGGUGAUGUAACCACAAUGAAAAAUUAUGAAACUUUCAAUAGCUUGUUCAGCCAUAUUACUAAUAUUAUAAAACUACCUCAAAUGUGAAGUUUACAUAGAUGAAGCUAAAAUUUUAAUUUAUUUAUACAUUUUAUUAUGGUAGCUGUCAGCUGAUAACCUCUACAAAAACAUUAAACUAUGAUGUAAUAUAUUCUAUGAUUUAUAGAAAGAUCUCUUGAAAUAACUUUUUAGAUAUACAUUUUAAUGUUUAAAGAAAACUCACAGAUUCAUCGGUUAACAUUUUUUUUUACAAUGAAAUAAUAUUUUACUUUUUAAGCAACACAA